GGCCCUGUAAGGGUCAUCUCUUGUGAAAAUAGCUGUAAAAUCCAUUUGAUGUUCAGUGCAGCGUGCAAAGGCAGCGCUAAGAAUUUGAAAGACGCCGGAGUCCGAACGCUUAAACAAACGCCUCGGCUCCUCUGGCAGCGUUUAACCUGUCUGGGUUCUGCUGUGCACAGUCUUUAGCUGGCUUCGCUGGCACCAUUAACCACUCUCCAUAGCAUUUACAGAGCUAAGACAGAUAGAAAUCCCAAAGAAGAGAUGGCAUCAGGAGAUUUCUGCUUACCUGGAGAGGGUAUGGAAUUACUCCAGCAAGUAUGCAGCAAACAGCUGCCACCCUGUAACCUGACUGAAGAGGACCUCUUGCAGAACCCCCAUUUUAGCAAACUUCUACUCAAUCUCUCUCAGUACAUGGAUGAGAGUGGUUUAAGCACCACCCUUGCAGAAAAGCAAGCUGAGGCAUGGAAGGAGGUCCGGCUGCAAAAGACUGCAUGGUUGAGGUCAGAGAUUCUUCAGAGACUUAUACAGGAAAUGCUUGUGGACUACUAUGUAAAGACACAGGACACAAAUCUGACCCCAGAGGAUAAGAAGUUUCAUGAAUCCCUUGAACAAAGGUUACUUGUGACUGAACUGACUCGACUUUUGGAUCCAAGUCAAGAGAAAGAGAUGUCACCUUUGCUGGGCCUGGAAAAGUCAGACUUGCUGGAAUUGAUGCCCCCUUCAGAGGAUUUUGUGAAAAUGAGGGCAUGUCUCCAGCCGAAGAUUGAGGAACAACUCAAGAAGAAGUGUUUCACUCUGCUCUGCUACCAUGAUCCCAGCUCUGAUUCUUAUAGUGAAACAUUGAAAGCAGCAAAGGUAUGGCAACUGGCAGAAGUGCUGACAAGUGAGAAACAGGAACACCAGGAAGCUAAGAAACAGCAGAAAGAACAGACAGUGCUCCUUGAAAAGCAGAGUUCCACCUAUUCCCAGGUACUUCUCCGUUGUCUUACACUGCUACAAAGGCUUCUUCAGGAACACCGUUUGAAAACACAAUCAGAGUUAGAUCAGAUUAAUGCCCAGUACUUGGAGAUCAAAUGUAGUGCCAUGAUUCUGAAGCUAAGAAUGGAGGAGCUACAGGUUUUGUCAGACACUUACCCAGCUGAGAAGGUGGAAGUUCACCGCCUCAUUAGGGAUAGUCUGGAGGGGGCCAUUCGCCUACAAGAGCAAGACAUGGAGAAAUCACGCCAAGUCUUGAACACUUAUGAGGUGUUGGGUGAGGAGUUUGACAAGCUGGUGAAGGAGUACACCCAUUUGAAGCAGGCAACUGAAAACAAACGAUGGGCUCUUCAGGAGUUUAAUAAGUCUUGCCAUUGAGUUUUGUAGAAACUAAGGACCAGGAUCCUUCUGCCUCAGUAGCUCACAUUCUUCCUGUCCUGUUUCUCCCAUACAAAUAUUGCUUUUUCCUGCUCAAAAGGGGAAAUGAGGACAUAAAAUUCUUAUAGUAAGAAUUCUGCUAUACUCAGGCAUUCUAGUUUCUGUCCUGUGUUUACAAUAACUUGGCCUCCUUCAUUCUUCCUGAGGAGCAGAUAUGCACAUCUUGUGGCCUCUGAAGGAAACCAAUCCUCCUUUUGUCCAGUUGUUUCCUAAAUAAAAUGUUGAUAUGG